GGCCGCAUUCUGCCCCAGGGCUGUGACAUCAGCACUGUUCCCUUGGGAACGGGGAGAUGGGGCUGCACUGAGCCCUGCACAGCCAGGAUAAAAUAUUGCUGAGGUUGGCUUCUGUUUUCAGUGCCAUAAAAUAGCCGGAGGUUGCAAUGAUGGUUUUGUGUCUUGGUCACUUGGGGAGUACUUUAGGGUUUGGGAUAUGUGUAUAUAAUCCAGAACUAUGCAGGUGCUGCGUAAGGAUUCAGGUUUUCCUCAUGCCCCAACAGCAUUUUACAUGCUCCAGGAGUGAUUAUUUGUAUGGCAUUAUAGAUUGGUAGGAAAGUUAAAUUGGAACAAUACUUCUUUACAGUGGGAAUAGACUCAUAGAAUGUUUGGGUUGGAAGGGACCUUCAGGAUCAUCUAAAAUAGUCUCUAAAAGUCUUGCAGAGAAGGGAGGAUUUCAUCUUUAAGUUGUCAGCUAUAUCCAAAUGGCUGGAAUGUGGUGGAUUAAAACAUCCUGCUGCCCUGUUCCCACAAUGGGGACUCAGGAUUCGCAUUCUGACCAAUGCAGUAAUGUGUUGCAUCUCUUUUAGCAGUGUUAUACUUCAAGCCCGUCUUGUUGGAGGAUUUUCCCUAACGGAAGGGUUAGGUCUUGAAGGUGAUGCUGGUGGCGUUUCAGAACUAGCAAGUUCGAAGAUGUCUGACAAAUGACUGUGGUGACCCCUCCGAUUGAUAACCCCAACAUGGAGCCCCUGGGGAGCAGCCACAGCCUUGGGCUGCUCCUUUGUGCUUUCUUUGUGUCUUCGGAGGCUUCCUUUGCAGGCGUUACCAUCCCCGCAGAGCUGAGGUCCGUCGUGGCCCCGGUCGUGGUGAACUCCACGCUGUGCAGCGUCACCUGCGGGCUGGGCUUCAGGCUGGAGGCGCUGUGCGAGCUCGCCCCUGGCGGCGAGAGGCGGAACUGCAGCGUGCGCCGCACUGCCUGCCUCACCAGCUGGGUCUGUGGCUUGCUCCACUUCACCCUCCCCGUGGGCCAGCCCUUCCAGCUGAGCUGCCUGACCUCAGACAGCAUGGGCAACGGGAGCCAAGCCUACAGCUAUACAUGGAGGUUUGCCCCAGGCCUCAUCACCACGAAGGACGUCCUGUUCAGACCUUUCAGAAACUCCAGGCCUGUUGUCAGGUUUUCCCCUAUCAAGGAGUCGGAUGCAGGGACUUACCGAUGUGAAGUGCAGGUGGUAAAGACAUUCAAAGUGGUCAAGAGGGUCUACUUUGCAAUCAGAGUGAUCCACAAGGACCUGGUGGAUCUGAACUUCCAGAAAUUCCUGACUUGGGAACAGAAGUUAGCAGCAAGCAAAGUGGAAGAGAACCUAGAAACUGGCGUCUAUGAAGUGCAAGAAGAGGAGCCCUUUUGGAAAGGAGAACUGUUUUAUCAGUGCUUGUUCCAUAGGGUGUCCCUGCCAGCGCCAGAACCAAAGAAGAGCAACAUGAAAAUCACAACCCAUAUGGCAGCCCAGCCCCAGCCGGGGCUCUGGGCAGAUAACGUGCAUUUCCCAUUGAGCAUCUCACACCAUCUCUGCUGCGACAGAGGGACCAGAUGGGCCUGAAGAGGUGCAGAUGAAGGAGAUCUGACGUGUGCCUCCUGCAAACCUGUGCACAGAGACUGGAGCUGGGAGCCCUGGAUGCCCUCCAUGUCCCUGCAGUGAGGACGUGCUGCUUCCCCUCUGUCUCUGCAAACUUUGGCUGGUUGGUUCCUGUGAAAACCUCUCCAGGACCCUGCCUCCCUGCAGAUCCCCUCCAUCCCCGAGUCUGCAGCAUCAUCAGCUCUCAAUGACUCAAACCUGCUGCUUGCUGGGGUGCAAACCGGUGCUGCUGGUAGCAAUUCUGUUCAACUAAUGGGAUUAGCUUGAGGCUUCCUUUGUAGUGUUCAGACACAGAUUUGGUUCUGGGUAUGGCUCAGGCAUAGGCACAGGAGGAACAUAAGAACCUGCCUUCUCCUGCCCUGUGUCACCUUUGGCGUGGUGAUGUUUCACUGGAACCAGCUAUCCACAGCAUCUCACUGUGCGUCUCAGAUGUGGGACAAGUGCUGGCAGACCCCCUUCCACACAGGCUGUAUGGAAAUGGGUUGCAGAUAAGGAAGAACAAAGCCUGGAAAUCCCUCACUGCAGGAGCAGCUGUUGGGAUAACAAUCACCAGGAAGCCUGCUCCCUCCCUGCACCCUGUCUCUUAGCAGGGAUGCAGCCACCUCAAGGCAGAGGGCUUCCAGCACAGUUCCCCUCUGCCUCUGGAGUGAGCUUAGCGAGCUCCAGGAUGCUUCCAUGCUUUGUAUUUGAAUGAAUAACUGUCUUCAAACUGCCAUGCCAGCCAGCAAUCUGCUUCCUUCCCCACAGCACUCAGCAUGCUCACCAGUUAAAUUAAGUGACUCCAGCCAGUGUGAUGUUUUAUGCAAGAGCAGCUUCCAGCAGGGAACGGCCAGCUCAGCACUGCUGGGCUCAGGGGAAGCAGCCCUUUACCUGUAGCUCCUGGGGUUCAGCUCAUGUUCCGGCUGCUCUUGCAUGUGGAGAUGAGGGCGGGAUGGGAGAUAAUUGGCUCCAUGGGCUUGGAGCAGCUGCUCCUUGUGUCCGAGCAUCAGGCAAUUACCAGGCCUCGGUGCCGGCAGCAGGAUGUGCUGCUGCUGCAAGGGAACCCGAUGGUGCCACUGUCACACAGGGGACAGCAGCUGUAGCCUGUGUCUGAUGCUUUGGGAGAAGGGAAAAGCAGUGUCUUCAGUGUCUCAUUCCCUCCCCAUCAGUGUGGGUGCCACUUCCCUUCUAGACCAGGUCUGUUCCCAAAGGAGAAGCGUGUGUAAGUAUUGCUCUCAGCAAUGGCUGUGCUGAGCAGGUCUGAAGGAAAUAGCUGCUGACCAGCCAGUGGAGUAAUAAUGAGUUAAUAGAGAAAUAAUAAGAAAGGAGGGUGUUAAUUGUGUUCUGAUAGGUGGUACUGAAUGGAUUAAGGUUUAAACCCCUUUAAUUUUGAGAUUUGUAGCAUAUGGAAAAUAAUUUCUGUGUCUUUACAAUUAACACUCACAUGCUGCUUCUAAUGGGAUGCUCUUUCCAGAUCAAGCCACAUUACAUUAACAGUCCCCUCUGAUUCCACCCAGAGUCUGCACCCCCUUGUUACCUGCUGCUGUCCCCUUCUCCCUGCCAAGGUUAUGGACUACAACUGUCAGGCAUUGAUUUUCUCUAAUGUAAUCAAUGCCAGGAGUUUAGGUGAGGUUUUAGCUGCAGUUCCAAGGUGUCUGCUUGAUGGCGAGGGUGAAAUGCCUGGAUUUCAGUCAUUAAGCAGAGCACCAGUUAAAGUCAUCACUCCACAGUUACCAGAUGAGGACAUGGCUGCAACCAGGAACUAAGAGCAAAGCAGAGGGGUAAAUCUCAGCUCCUGUGAGGUGAGCACUGUCAUUCUUACUGUUACCAAAACCUUGGGCUCUGUCAUUUGGGUAGUGGGGAGAAGACAAACACAAGCUAAAGGUCCUUAAACCUGCAAGCCAGAUCUGCAGGAAGCAGUGACCUUGCCUUAUGCAGCCCUACUUUGUGUGUUAAAAUCCAGCGAGGAGAGCAGGAAGGAUGGUAAAUACACUGCUGUGCCUCUCUAGAACAUU